CAAGCUGCCAGGGAGCCGUUUCUUUAGUGGACUAGCGCUGGGCCUCUGGGCGCAACGGGCUUGGGAGCUCUGCGAGUGGGCAAUGAACAAAUCGCUUUGGUUAUUGGAUUCAUCCACCAGCUUUUGAAAAGUGUCAUGAUCGUGCUAGGGUCUCGGUGCAUUUAAUGACAUCUGGACAAGUCAAACUGUCUCGCCCACCACCAAACACACUCUGUACAAUUCUCCGAAACUUCGCAGACACAACGCAUUAUACUGUGCAUAGGGGACUGUCUUGACCCUCGGACUUUCGUCUAGUUAAUCAGUCAAUCAGCCAAUUUAGCACACGACGCCGCCUUCUCUCUCUCUCUCUCGCAUCCCCCCAAACCGAGAGGAGCGAACCUACACAUAAUCGCCAAACAUGUUCGACUUCUUAACGUUGGACGUAGAUUGGUGGAGCCUCGCCCUGCCCUUUGGUUACAUCUCAGUUCUGGCCGGCAUGCUCUACACCUUUUCUACCAUUUACCGCAAGAGGAAAGCUGCCCAGCUGGCAAACCUAGAGCCAUGGUUCGAGCCGCAUCUCCAGAAGCAGAUCUACUCCUCCCUCCUCGAGAUAUCCGCCACCGGUGAGAAGACAAAGGUCCCCGAUAGCGUCAUCCGCGCCGCCCUUCUCCGCCGUGCCGUCGCCGACAUUGGCCGCAUCAUCCAGGUCCGCCAGGCGAAGCAGGCGCUCAACGUUUUGUUGCAACGUGGCAGUGUGGGCGAGGACCUGAACCAGCGCUUCCAGCGCGCCGAGAAGGAGAUCGAGGAGGAGCUCAGAGAGGUCGUCAUGGAGGCAAAUGCCCUUGCGCCUGGUUGGGGAAACACCAUCUUCCAGUCUGCCAACGAAAUGGCCGCCAACACAAUGCUGCGCGAGCGGUUAGACGAGAUCGAGGCCCAAACCGAGCCCGAGAAGGAGUGGUGGGAGAAGCGCCGCGAAGUCAUCCGACAGGACUUUGAGAAGGAGCUGGAUGCUGAGGCCGCCCCCAAGCCAGAUGUCAGGCUCGGUAGUGACGACGAUGGUGUUCUGGUCGAUUCCGGUACGCCUUCUAGCACCCCUAGCAAGAAGAAGAAGGGCAAGAAAUAAAAACCCACACAACGGAACAAUCUAGACUCUUUAAUUGCUGCUCACCAUGGUGGGAACGGAUAGCGGUCCGGAUGAGGUUUCACCAGGCGUCUUCAUAGGGGGGGUGGGCAUUGAUACGGUGUCUGGCGUUUUGGUCUCCCAUGACCUUGGAAUUAUUGGUGCAAGCAAAUAAUAAGCAAUUCAACGCUUCUCCUACGACUCUUGUAAAAACAGUCUGAU